CUUUUCCCCUCCUGCCAGUACUACGAAAUGUCCUACGGGCUGAACAUCGAGAUGCACAAACAGACAGAAAUUGCUAAAAGGCUGAAUACCAUUUUAGCACAGAUUAUGCCUUUUCUGUCACAAGAGCACCAACAGCAAGUUGCACAGGCUGUUGAACGUGCCAAGCAAGUGACAAUGACGGAGUUGAAUGCUAUCAUCGGGGUACGUGGACUUCCCAAUCUGCCUCUCACCCAGCAGCAGCUCCAGGCGCAGCACCUCUCCCACGCCGCCCAUGGGCCCCCGGUUCAGCUGCCGCCGCAUCCCUCUGGCCUGCAGCCCCCCGGCAUCCCACCCGUCACCGGCAGCAGUUCGGGGCUGCUGGCGCUCGGCGCGUUGGGCAGCCAGGCACACCUGGCCGUCAAGGAUGAGAAGAACCACCACGACCUGGACCACAGAGAGCGGGACUCGAGCGCGAAUAACUCAGUUUCACCCUCGGAAAGUCUGAGAGCCAGCGAGAAGCACCGGAGCUCUACAGACUACAGCAUCGACUCCAAAAAGAGGAAAGCAGAGGAGAAGGACAGCAUGAGCCGAUAUGACAGCGAUGGUGACAAAAGCGAUGACCUCGUCGUUGACGUCUCCAAUGAGGACCCUGCCACCCCCCGGGUCAGCCCGGCCCACUCCCCGCCUGAGAACGGCCUGGACAAAGCUCGUGGGCUGAAGAAGGGGGAUGCACCCAACAGCCCGGCCUCGGUCGCCUCCUCCAGCAGCACUCCUUCCUCCAAGACUAAAGACUUGGGCCACGUAUGUGCCAUGCUGUGCCCUGCCGCGAGGCUCUCCAGAAACCCCCUGGCAGCUGAACUUCAUCCUUUAUGUUUUAUUCUUUUUGGAUUUUUUUUUUUUUUCUGCAUCCAGAACGACAAAUCGUCAACGCCUGGACUCAAGUCCAACACUCCCACACCGAGGAAUGAUGCCCCAACCCCAGGGACAAGCAGCACCCCGGGGCUGAGGCCGAUGCCCGGCAAGCCGAGUGGCAUGGACCCUCUGGCCUCAGCCCUGCGGACACCCAUCUCCAUCGCGGGUUCCUACGCAGCCCCGUUUGCCAUGAUGGGGCACCACGAGAUGAACGGCUCUCUGACCAGCCCUGGUGCCUAUGCUGGCCUGCACAACAUCCCCCCACAGAUGAGUGCUGCAGCCGCCGCCGCCGCUGCCUAUGGCCGGUCGCCAAUGGUUGGCUUCGACCCACACCCGCCCAUGCGGGCCCCUGGCCUGCCCACCAGCCUGGCAUCCAUCCCUGGAGGGAAGCCAGCUUACUCGUUUCACGUCAGUGCUGAUGGGCAGAUGCAGCCAGUCCCCUUUCCCCACGACGCCCUGGCUGGCCCCGGCAUCCCCCGGCACGCACGGCAGAUCAACACGCUGAGCCAUGGCGAGGUGGUUUGUGCCGUCACCAUCAGCAACCCCACCCGGCACGUGUACACAGGUGGCAAGGGCUGCGUGAAGAUCUGGGACAUCAGCCAGCCGGGCAGCAAGAGCCCCAUCUCUCAGCUGGACUGCCUGAACAGGGAUAACUACAUCCGCUCCUGCAAGCUGCUUCCCGACGGCCGCACGCUGAUCGUUGGGGGGGAGGCCAGCACACUCACCAUUUGGGACCUGGCCUCCCCCACACCCCGCAUCAAGGCUGAGCUCACCUCCUCGGCGCCCGCCUGCUACGCGUUGGCCAUCAGCCCCGACGCCAAAGUCUGCUUCUCCUGCUGCAGCGACGGCAACAUCGCCGUGUGGGACCUGCACAACCAGACCCUGGUCAGGCAAUUCCAAGGCCACACAGACGGUGCCAGCUGCAUAGACAUCUCACACGAUGGUACGAAGCUGUGGACAGGGGGACUGGACAACACCGUGCGCUCCUGGGACCUGCGGGAAGGGCGGCAGCUGCAGCAGCACGACUUCACCUCCCAGAUCUUUUCGCUGGGGUACUGCCCCACGGGCGAGUGGCUGGCAGUGGGCAUGGAGAGCAGCAACGUGGAAGUGCUGCACCACACCAAGCCUGACAAGUACCAGCUGCACCUGCACGAGAGCUGCGUCCUCUCCCUCAAGUUCGCCUACUGCGGCAAAUGGUUUGUGAGCACGGGGAAGGACAACCUGCUCAACGCAUGGAGGACGCCCUAUGGGGCAAGCAUCUUCCAGUCCAAGGAAUCCUCGUCGGUCUUAAGCUGCGACAUUUCAGCAGAUGACAAAUACAUCGUCACGGGCUCUGGGGACAAGAAGGCCACAGUCUACGAGGUCAUCUACUAAGGGGACGCAGUGGUGGUGCCGCAGGCUCGGCGCUGGAGCAGCGCUCGGGGCAGCACUGGGAUGGGAUCGCUGGCUGGAGCUGCACCUCUGUGCCCGCCCGGCACCCACACGGAUUUAUUUGGAGGUCUGCAAACAUGGCACACACGUCGAAGCCCUGAACGAAUUUUCGGUUUGGUUUUAGGGUUUUGGGCUAUUUUUUUUUUUUUUUUUUUUUCCAUUUUUUUGAUCUUUUUUUGGUUUCCUGGUUCUUUCCAUCUGCGCUUUGGUGGCACUAUAAAGGACUUAUUUUUUAACAUGACAUUUUUUUUUUUCUUUUGGUGCAUCCCGCAUUAAGACUUGUGAAAAUUGUAAAUACCGGACUAGUACAUAGCAUGGGAAGGGUGGGGGACCCUCCCGGUACACUAGGUGUGUAUUUUCGUCUGCUGUAAUUGUAUUCCACUGAUGGUUUUGGUGGUGGCAAUUUUUAUUAUUAUUAUUAUUUUUUUUUUUCCUCCCCUUCCCUUCCUCCUCCUCCUCCCCAUUGCAUCCAUUUGGGAUGCGACCCGGACGUGCAGCGCGUAACCGGACUGAGCAAAGUGUCCUCUGGUGAAGUCGUUCCUCCUGUGGUCCCCGUGCGUUGUUCGGUGUUGUGUGUGCGGACGCUGUCGGGGCUGUGCUCAGCUCGGCCGGAUCCCCGGCUGCUGCCGGACGUCGGCGACACAAUCACGUUUUUAUAUGGAUUUUUCUUUUAUUUUUUUUUUUCCUUUUUUUGUGCUCGUAUGUUUGAAGAAAAAGGGGAAGCCCACGAUCCGGGAAUCAUCCGCUCGAGCCCUUCUUGGUCUUCGGACAUAAAAGCAACGAGGAGUGAUUUCAAAGAAAGCAUAGUUAAAAUUCAGCUCAGGGAGCCACGAAAGAUAAUAGCAACUUAAUGUGUUUUGUAUUCAAAUGAAAGUAAAGAAUUAGAAUUGAUAACCUUUAAAAUACAGUUUUUUUAAAGCAAAGUUGACUAACAAGUAGGGUUUGUGUGUGGUGGGGGGAAGGGGCUUGGGCAGGGUCCUGUGGCUGUAUGGGCUCGUGUCUGCUGGUCUGGAGGUUCCCCAAGAAGCAACACCCAUCCCCGCACAGGCCUGCGUUGCAGCAUUUUGUACUAAAGGGUUUAAAAAAAAAAAGAACAAGAAAACGGGAAAUAAAAGUAUUUGUGUAGCAGAAGCGCUCACCCUGUAUUGUAGCGUACGGAAGAGGAUUUUGAUACUACGUUUUUUAUGGAUUAUUUUUUAAUUGGUUUUUUUUUUCCCCCCCCCCCUCCCCCCGUUGUAACCCAGUGGAGGACUGAGGAGGGUGAUGGUGAUGUGGGCACCGCUGUGGCUGCUGGGGAGAUGUGCUGGGGCAGAGAGAGGAGCUGUGGUGGGAAAUGGCCUUUCCCCUUCAACCUGGUGCUUCUGAGCUUUUUUGCCUAUUUCUGUGCAAAACCCAAGGGAAGAAACCCAGGCUGAUGGGUGGCUGCCCUGCGUGGCUGCUCGGUGUGAGCCCAGAUUGAGGAGCUGGGAUCGAUCUGCGCGCUCAUCAGCCAAUGAGGAAAGGGGCAAAAUGCUUUUUGAAACUGCAUCAGAGGAAUGGUUUGAAGGGGGGUCGGGCUGAGCUAAAGGACUGCACAGCCCUAUCCUGCAGCUCUGCGCGCUGUGCUGGGCUGCACUCGCAGCCCUAUGGAGCAUCCUCUGCUCUGUGUGGCACUGGAAGGGCUCGGAGCACCCCUGGGCUGUGCCUCCAGGCCAGGCUUUGCCUGCAUUUGUGCUUUGUUUUCCUCUAACCCCCCUGAGGAACUGUGCGUAGCAGAGCUGGCGGCGGGGCGCUGAGUUGGACCUCUCCACUUGACACCAAAGUAUGUAGCAGAACCUGUACAGCUGUUAAUAACUACAACUGGCUUUUGUACAAAAGGAGAGAGAGAGAGAGAAAAAAAAGAAUAAAAAGUCAAUGUAACGAAGCUCAAAUGGA